UGAACCUCAGUAUUAAAAGCGUUUCCGUUUCUCCUGCUGAGGGUAAAACAAUGAGCGUCUUUGAAGGAGGACAUGUUUAAAAACUAGGCAAAAUCAGAACUGGUGUAUUUUGCACGAUUUUGGAUGUAACCGAUUUUAAGUCCACGAUUAAACCCCGGUGGGAUGUUUAUGCGUAAUGUUAAACCGGUGACUCUCUCCUGAACAGGUACAAGGACUGCACUUACUCUCUUAAACAGGGCACUAAACAGGGAUACAAGUAGCUAAGUGGAUUUAAAGAAGUAUCCGUGAAGGGAUCUAAGGGCAGAAAGAGCUUUCAGGACCACUGAAAGCUGCAGAUUUAAAAGGUACUGCAUUACGCGUUACACUACACUCAGGCUGGCAAUGGUGGGGAGGCUCAAUUUGCGCAAUGUGUAUGAUGAAGACCUGCUGGACAUGAAUCUGAAAGCUGAGAGACUGCUGGACAGUCCGGACUCUGGUCUGCCUCCCAGUCCCAGUGUGAGUCCGAGCCCGUGGCUGAGUGGAGACCGGAGCACCACCAGCUCCGUGUGUGAGGACGACAGCAGAGCCACGACACCCGCUGCGGGUCCUAUGAAACCUGUCAGAGGUGUUUUCCAAUUGCAACCAUUUUCCUAUGGUGAAGGAAUUGAGCUUGAUCCUCUGCCCCCAAAAGAAUUAAGAUACACAUCAUCAGUGCGCUAUGAUUCAGAUCGCCACUACAUCCAGGAUGUGUGUUUACAGCCCACGGGUUUGGGCCUGGAGCUGUGCAGCCAGACCAUCAUAGCUGUCUCUGAGAGCACAUGGAGACGAUAUAAGACCCAGUUGGAGUUCAAGCCCCGUCAGCGGGUGCAUUGCUACCGAAGCACUACCAUUGUGUACCCCAAACAUGCCAGAACAAUGUACACCACACAGCUCAGCUAUGAUGGACGCAAGCUGGCCAGGCGCUUCCUCUCCAGUGUGGAACUAGAGGCGUCUGACUGUAUGGUCAAUCAGUGUUGAAAGAAGUUUUUUUGUUGUUUUUUUUUGGAAAAAUGCUAACAAAUUAUGCUCAUCCUUGGUUAUUAAAAACCACAUUCACCAUCGAGGGUGUUUAAAAUGGCAUGGGUGGCAUUGCUAUCUAGGUAUAAUAUUGGUUUUAUGAGCAGGAUUGUUUUUAGAUGGAUGGGAUAUCCUGCGUCUGGAGGUUCGGAUGGGUUUUAAUGUCACAGCUCUAUAAAUGUAUAUUAGACAUUCUAUGUAACAUUUAAAGCCCUGUUGGUUUUAAAAUUCUGCUCAGUGAUGUUGAUCCAUCACUUCUAGAAAGUUUCAUGGUAAUGUAGUCGUACUGUGCUUAGCAAAUGCAGAGAAGAGCUGUAAGUGAAACAGGAAAGUGUUGAAAGUGUUCAAACAAGAAAGGCAUUAAAGAAAGUUGCAUUCAUUUAAAAUUUUGUAAAAUGUCCAGGAAUUUGCAAUAUUACAUGACUCAGUAAUCUUUAGUUUGUAAAUGGGUUUCAUUAGGUAUGGAAUAGUGGGACAUAUUGCACAGUCAUUUAGGUGAGAACAGGUACAUGGAUGUUUGAAACACAAGAUUUAAUAGAACAGGCUGAUAGAGGUUGUUUAUGUCUACUACUGUAAGUUCACAUUUGGGCUUUUUUUUUAUUUUAUUUGAUGUCAAUUUGAUGUUUUCUCUAUCCAUUUCACUUCAUCCAUUCAAGUGUUUUGUUUCUUCAAACAUUUUAUUCCAAAAUUAUAAAAUAUUUUUAAAUAAUUGCACCGCUGCAGUCAGAAUGAGGAAGUUAAAGGUUUCUUCUGAGAGGAACUGAACUGUUUUGAAUAUUUGUGCAAACCUAAAUUGCAGAACUCAAAGACAGUAUCAUUGUUUUUUUUUUUUUUGCAAUGACUUUACCUGUUCUAGAGCACUUUACCUGUUCUAGAACAGUUUUAUCAUGCAUAGAUAUAAAUAUUACUGCAGUAUAUUUAUUUAAGCUUUUUAAUGGUUUCAACAGCACACAAGUACUUCAGCUGUACUACAUUCAUGUUUUUAAUUGCUUUCCAAUUAAAUUAAAGCAUCGGUUUAUUCUUA